UGAUGUUGGAGUUGUAAAUAAGACAUUAGUAAUCACUAAUGUUACAGUAAAUGAUGGUGGAAAUUACACAUGUAAAGCACAGAGUUAUAAUGAUCCACGUUUUAGAGAUGAAAAAUCUAUUGAAGUAACAGUGAAAGCUGCUUAUCCACCACAACAAACCAAUAUUACAAUCAGUCCAAUGUCAGUAAAAAAAGGUCAAAAUGUGACAAUAACCUGUGAAUCACAUGGUUAUCCUGAACCAACCUACACUAUUUAUCAUAAUGGUGCAGUUAUCAGCAAUAAUAAGACAUACAUUAUUCAAUCUGUCAACUUCAAUAACGCUGGUUCAUAUCGUUGUGAAGCAAAGAAUAGACUGGGAAAUGAUUCAUCUCAAGUUAAAAAUCUUACUAUCAUCAGAGUGAAACCUACAGUGGUAAUUAAUUGUUCAACUCCUCUGGUUGUGGAUGAAGGUGAUAAUGUGUCAUGUGUAUGUAGAGGUGAAGGAGGUAUCCCUCCUGCUAAUGUAACAUGGUUUGAUAAACAUAACAACAUAAUUGGUGAUGUUGGAGUUGUAAGUAAGACAUUAGUAAUCACUAAUGUUACAGUAAAUGAUGGUGGAAAUUACACAUGUAAAGCACAGAGUUAUAAUGAUCCACGUUUUAGAGAUGAAAAAUCUAUUGAAGUAACAGUGAAAGCUACUUAUCCACCACAACAAACCAAUAUCACCAUCAGUCCAAUGUCAGUAAAAAAAGGUCAAAAUGUGACAAUAACCUGUGAAUCAGAUGGUUAUCCUGAACCAACCUACACUAUUUAUCAUAAUGGUGCAGUUAUCAGUAAUAAUAAGACAUACAUCAUUCAAUCUGUCAACUUCAAUAACGCUGGUUCAUAUCGUUGUGAAGCAAAGAAUAAACUGGGAAAUGAUUUAUCUGAUGUUAAAAAUCUUACUAUCAUCAGAGUGAAACCUACAGUGGUAAUUAAUUGUUCAACACCUCUGGUUGUCAAUGAAGGUGAUAAUGUAUCAUGUGUAUGUAAAGGUGAAGGAGGUAUCCCUCCUGCUAAUGUCACAUGGUUUAAUAAAGAUAACAACAUAAUUGGUGAUGUUGGAGUUGUAAGUAAGACAUUAGUAAUCACUAAUGUUACAUUAAAUGAUGGUGGAAAUUACACAUGUAAAGCACAAAGUUAUAAUGAUCCACGUUUUAAAGAUGAAAAAUCUGUUGAAGUGACAGUGAAAGCUGCUUAUCCACCACAACAAACCAAUAUUACCAUCAGUCCAAUGUCAGUAAAAAAAGGUCAAAAUGUGACAAUAACCUGUGAAUCAGAUGGUUAUCCUGAACCAACCUACACUAUUUAUCAUAAUGGUGCAGUUAUCAGCAAUAAUAAGACAUACAUUAUUCAAUCUGUCAACUUCAAUAACGCUGGUUCAUAUCGUUGUGAAGCAAAGAAUAGACUGGGAAAUGAUUCAUCUCAAGUUAAAAAUCUUACUAUCAUCAGAGUGAAACCUACAGUGGUAAUUAAUUGUUCAACACCUCUGGUUGUCAAUGAAGGUGAUAAUGUAUCAUGUGUAUGUAAAGGUGAAGGAGGUAUCCCUCCUGCUAAUGUCACAUGGUUUAAUAAAGAUAACAACAUAAUUGGUGAUGUUGGAGUUGUAAGUAAGACAUUAGUAAUCACUAAUGUUACAGUAAAUGAUGGUGGAAAUUACACAUGUAAAGCACAGAGUUAUAAUGAUCCACGUUUUAGAGAUGAAAAAUCUAUUGAAGUAACAGUGAAAGCUACUUAUCCACCACAACAAACCAAUAUCACCAUCAGUCCAAUGUCAGUAAAAAAAGGUCAAAAUGUGACAAUAACCUGUGAAUCAGAUGGUUAUCCUGAACCAACCUACACUAUUUAUCAUAAUGGUGCAGUUAUCAGUAAUAAUAAGACAUACAUCAUUCAAUCUGUCAACUUCAAUAACGCUGGUUCAUAUCGUUGUGAAGCAAAGAAUAAACUGGGAAAUGAUUUAUCUGAUGUUAAAAAUCUUACUAUCAUCAGAGUGAAACCUACAGUGGUAAUUAAUUGUUCAACACCUCUGGUUGUCAAUGAAGGUGAUAAUGUAUCAUGUGUAUGUAAAGGUGAAGGAGGUAUCCCUCCUGCUAAUGUCACAUGGUUUAAUAAAGAUAACAACAUAAUUGGUGAUGUUGGAGUUGUAAGUAAGACAUUAGUAAUCACUAAUGUUACAUUAAAUGAUGGUGGAAAUUACACAUGUAAAGCACAAAGUUAUAAUGAUCCACGUUUUAAAGAUGAAAAAUCUGUUGAAGUGACAGUGAAAGCUGCUUAUCCACCACAACAAACCAAUAUUACCAUCAGUCCAAUGUCAGUAAAAAAAGGUCAAAAUGUGACAAUAACCUGUGAAUCAGAUGGUUAUCCUGAACCAACCUACACUAUUUAUCAUAAUGGUGCAGUUAUCAGCAAUAAUAAGACAUACAUUAUUCAAUCUGUCAACUUCAAUAACGCUGGUUCAUAUCGUUGUGAAGCAAAGAAUAGACUGGGAAAUGAUUCAUCUCAAGUUAAAAAUCUUACUAUCAUCAGAGUGAAACCUACAGUGGUAAUUAAUUGUUCAACUCCUCUGGUUGUGGAUGAAGGUGAUAAUGUGUCAUGUGUAUGUAGAGGUGAAGGAGGUAUCCCUCCUGCUAAUGUCACAUGGUUUGAUAAACAUAACAACAUAAUUGGUGAUAUUGGAGUUGUAAAUAAGACAUUAGUAAUCACUAAUGUUACAGUAAAUGAUGGUGGAAAUUACACAUGUAAAGCACAGAGUUAUAAUGAUCCACGUUUUAGAGAUGAAAAAUCUAUUGAAGUAACAGUGAAAGCUGCUUAUCCACCACAACAAACCAAUAUUACCAUCAGUCCAAUGUCAGUAAAAAAAGGUCAAAAUGUGACAAUAACCUGUGAAUCAGAUGGUUAUCCUGAACCAACCUACACUAUUUAUCAUAAUGGUGCAGUUAUCAGUAAUAAUAAGACAUACAUCAUUCAAUCUGUCAACUUCAAUAACGCUGGUUCAUAUCGUUGUGAAGCAAAGAAUAGACUGGGAAAUGAUUCAUCUCAAGUUAAAAAUCUUACUAUCAUCAAAGGAAAAAUUGUAUCACCUCCUCCUGGCACAAGUUUUACAUUUUCACCUGGAGAAACAGAAAUUAUAACCUGGACAUUUAAUGAUAGUAUAAAUGAUUUGGAGAGUAGAGAUUGGUAUUUCAGUGGUAGUAGUAAUGGUUCACAAGGAAUACGAUUGGCCACUGUCGCUCGGGAUUCAUCAGUGGAUAACUUUAAAGAUCCAAUUCUUCCAAUUUAUGAUGUCUACAAACCUUCAACGUUGCAAUUAAGAAAUAUCACUUAUAGUUAUGAUGGAACGUAUGAGUUUCGAUUAGCAAGAAAGGACAGUCCGUUAUCUCCUUUUAUAUCUAAAGUCAGAGUUUUCGUUGCAAGAAAAAUUGUAUCACCUCCUCCUGGCACAAGUUUUACAUUUUUACCUGGAGAAACAGAAAUUAUAACCUGGACAUUUAAUGAUAGUAUAAAUGAUGUGGAGAGUAGAGAUUGGUAUUUCACUGGUAGUAGUAGUGGUUCAAACGCAAUACGAUUGGCCACUGUCGCUCGGGAUUCAUCAGUGGAUAACUUGAAAGAUCCAAUUCUUCCAAUUUAUGAUGUCUACAAACCUUCAACGCUGCAAUUAAUAAAUAUCACUCAUAGUUAUGAUGGAACGUAUGAGUUUCGAUUAGCAAGAAAGGACAGUCCGUUAUCUCCUUUUAUAUCUAAAGUCAGAGUUUUCGUUGCAAGAAAAAUUGUAUCACCUCCUCCUGGCACAAGUUUUACAUUUUUACCUGGAGAAACAGAAAUUAUAACCUGGACAUUUAAUGAUAGUAUAAAUGAUGUGGAGAGUAGAGAUUGGUAUUUCACUGGUAGUAGUGGUGGUUCAAACGCAAUACGAUUGGCCACUGUCGCUCGGGAUUCAUCAGUGGAUAACUUUAAAGAUCCAAUUCUUCCAAUUUAUGAUGUCUACAAACCUUCAACGCUGCAAUUAAUAAAUAUCACUCAUAGUUAUGAUGGAACGUAUGAGUUUCGAUUAGCAAGAAAGGACAGUCCGUUAUCUCCUUUUAUAUCUAAAGUCAGAGUUUUCGUUGCAAUAAAACCAAAUGUUACAAUUAACUGUUCGAAUCCUCUGGUUGUGGAUGAAGGUGAUAAUGUGUCAUGUGUAUGUAGUGGUGAAGGAGGUAACCCUCCUGCUAAUGUCACAUGGUUUGAUAAAGAUAACAACAUAAUUGGUAAUGUUGGAGUUGUAAGUAAGACAUUAGUAAUCACUAAUGUUGCAGUGAAUGAUGGUGGAAGUUACACAUGUAAAGCACAAAGUUAUAAUGGUACAGAUUAUAGAGAUGAAAAAUCUAUUGAAAUAGUUGUGCAAUACCGACCGCGACAAACCAAUAUCACCAUCAGUCCAAUGUCAGCCAGAGAAGGUCAAAAUGUGACAAUAACCUGUGAAUCAGAUGGUUAUCCUGAACCUACCUACACUAUUUACCGCUAUGGUAACACGUCUGUUGUCAGCGAUAAAAAAACACACAUCAUUCAAUCCGUCAACUUCAGUGAUGCUGGUUUGUAUCGUUGUGAAGCAAAGAAUAAACUGGGAAAUGAUUCAUCUCAAGUGAAAAAUCUCACUGUCAACGAAGCUCCCAUGUCAAGCUCACACAGUCUAUCGCCGUCGAUAAUUACGUCAUCGAUGACGUUUACUGUGACCUUUACGUCAUCAAUUAAUUCCACUCCCACUAACAACGUUGGCCAAAAUACUCCUACAAGCAGAGAUGAUGGCAACAAUAACUCUAUUGGCCCUACGACUCUAGACAAAGAUGAUGAUGAUGGACCAAAUAUUGCUCUGAUUGUUGGCAUUUCUGUUGGAUCGGUUUUCCUUGUCGCCAUUCUAGUUGUUGUCAUUUUCUGCUGUUAUAAAUCAAUGCAAAAAAGUGGAUACCGUGGUGAAAAAGGUGUUGAACCAAUAGACGAAGAUAAUCACCAAUAUCAUUAUGAACUCGAUGGUGCACCCGGUGUUAGCAACGAGAGUCGUUAUGAAUCGGUGAAGGAUGAUAAAACAGACAAGAAUCGUCCUAAUGAUGAAUCCAAGCCGUCAGAAAAUAAACCACCUGUAUAUGCAUCUAUCAAUAAAGAAAACAGACAAGGGAAUCCGUUAUACUCCUACCUUGACUUUAAAGAUGAACCUAAAAGAAAGCCAGACAAAACUCGUCCUGCACCAACGGAAUACGCCAGUAUUGAUAUGAGUAAACUGGCACCUGUCGAGAAAAAAGACGACAAGAAAAGCGGUGACAAAAAAGACGACGAAAAGAAGGAAUAAACUGGCGAUCGUCGUUAAUAAAACAAGAGUACGCAAAGACUGUUACUACAUUUAUAAAGAUUAACUUUGCUCUUCAUUAUAUAAUCUAGAUUUGAUCUCUGAACACUACUAAACUGAAUACUUUAUGAUUGUGUCUGUGUACAUAAUCGUUUGCCAUGAACAAACUUGAAUCUUGGCAUCUGUGCUACAGUUUGGGAAUGUAUUUUACUUGCCUUUAUAAGGCAACAACAUUACACACUGACUUUAACACAGCAUUUUGAAUAGAAUAGUUUUAGUCGUAGUUUAACUUUUGUUAUUUUAAUUAUCAUGGUUAAACCAUUUAAACUUUUAUUUACAUAGAAAUUAAGUGUAGAAAUUAGAUAGAAAAAUCAAGCAAUUUCAAGGAGUGUGAUGGAAAACUCUUUAAAUUGCUUCUUUACAAUUGAAUGAUUUCAUAUGCAUUAGUGUAAGGGAUGUUUACAAAUAAAACAAUUUCGUGAUCAUUA